AAACAUUAUCGUCCUGAAUCAAAUUGGAACCAAGUGAGGUCCUGACAAGUUUUCAAAGAUGAUGCGACUGGUGCUAGUAGUCGUCAGUCUGAUCUUCUCAACACACGCACAAGAAACAGAUGGUGAGGUACGUCUUGUGGGAGGCACCUCGGAUUCUGAAGGCCGUGUAGAGGUCACCUACAAUGGAGAAUGGGGAACUGUUUGUGAUGAUGCUUGGGAUACAAACGAUGCCAGCGUGGUCUGUCGAUCUCUCGGUUUUGCUGGUGCUCUUGAAGCUGUCUCAUCGGCUGGAUUCGGCCAAGGUAUUGGAACCAUCGUCCUUGAUGACGUCAAUUGCUCUGGAAAUGAAUCGAGUCUCUUUGAAUGCUCGAAUGGAGGUCUUGGAGUCAGUAACUGUGGUCAUUCAGAAGAUGCUGGAGUCCGUUGUCGAGUGCUUGAAGAUGGUGAGGUACGUCUUGUGGGAGGCACCUCGGAUUCUGAAGGCCGUGUAGAGGUCAGCUACAAUGGAGAAUGGGGAACUGUUUGUGAUGAUGCUUGGGAUACAAACGAUGCCAGCGUGGUCUGUCGAUCUCUCGGUUUUGCUGGUGCUCUUGAAGCUGUCUCAUCGGCUGGAUUCGGCCAAGGUAUUGGAACCAUCGUCCUUGAUGACGUCAAUUGCUCUGGAAAUGAAUCGAGUCUCUUUGAAUGCUCGAAUGGAGGUCUUGGAGUCAGUAACUGUGGUCAUUCAGAAGAUGCUGGAGUCCGUUGUCGAGUGCUUGAAGAUGGUGAGGUACGUCUUGUGGGAGGCACCUCGGAUUCUGAAGGCCGUGUAGAGGUCAGCUACAAUGGAGAAUGGGGAACUGUUUGUGAUGAUGCUUGGGAUACAAACGAUGCCAGCGUGGUCUGUCGAUCUCUCGGUUUUGCUGGUGCUCUUGAAGCUGUCUCAUCGGCUGGAUUCGGCCAAGGUAUUGGAACCAUCGUCCUUGAUGACGUCAAUUGCUCUGGAAAUGAAUUGAGUCUCUUUGAAUGCUCGAAUGGAGGUCUUGGAGUCAGUAACUGUGGUCAUUCAGAAGAUGCUGGAGUCCGUUGUCGAGUGCUUGAAGAUGGUGAGGUACGUCUUGUGGGAGGCACCUCGGAUUCUGAAGGCCGUGUAGAGGUCAGCUACAAUGGAGAAUGGGGAACUGUUUGUGAUGAUGCUUGGGAUACAAACGAUGCCAGCGUGGUCUGUCGAUCUCUCGGUUUUGCUGGUGCUCUUGAAGCUGUCUCAUCGGCUGGAUUCGGCCAAGGUAUUGGAACCAUCGUCCUUGAUGACGUCAAUUGUUCUGGAGAAGAAUCGGCUCUCUUUGAAUGCUCGAAUCGAGGUCUUGGAGUCAGUAACUGUGGUCAUUCAGAAGAUGCUGGAGUCCGUUGUCGAGUGCUUGAAGAUGGUGAGGUACGUCUUGUGGGAGGCACCUCGGAUUCUGAAGGCCGUGUAGAGGUCAGCUACAAUGGAGAAUGGGGAACUGUUUGUGAUGAUGCUUGGGAUACAAACGAUGCCAGCGUGGUCUGUCGAUCUCUCGGUUUUGCUGGUGCUCUUGAAGCUGUCUCAUCGGCUGGAUUCGGCCAAGGUAUUGGAACCAUCGUCCUUGAUGACGUCAAUUGCUCUGGAAAUGAAUCGAGUCUCUUUGAAUGCUCGAAUGGAGGUCUUGGAGUCAGUAACUGUGGUCAUUCAGAAGAUGCUGGAGUCCGUUGUCGAGUGCUUGAAGAUGGUGAGGUACGUCUUGUGGGAGGCACCUCGGAUUCUGAAGGCCGUGUAGAGGUCAGCUACAAUGGAGAAUGGGGAACUGUUUGUGAUGAUGCUUGGGAUACAAACGAUGCCAGCGUGGUCUGUCGAUCUCUCGGUUUUGCUGGUGCUCUUGAAGCUGUCUCAUCGGCUGGAUUCGGCCAAGGUAUUGGAACCAUCGUCCUUGAUGACGUCAAUUGCUCUGGAAAUGAAUUGAGUCUCUUUGAAUGCUCGAAUGGAGGUCUUGGAGUCAGUAACUGUGGUCAUUCAGAAGAUGCUGGAGUCCGUUGUCGAGUGCUUGAAGAUGGUGAGGCACGUCUUGUGGGAGGCACCUCGGAUUCUGAAGGCCGUGUAGAGGUCAGCUACAAUGGAGAAUGGGGAACUGUUUGUGAUGAUGCUUGGGAUACAAACGAUGCCAGCGUGGUCUGUCGAUCUCUCGGUUUUGCUGGUGCUCUUGAAGCUGUCUCAUCGGCUGGAUUCGGCCAAGGUAUUGGAACCAUCGUCCUUGAUGACGUCAAUUGCUCUGGAAAUGAAUCGAGUCUCUUUGAAUGCUCGAAUGGAGGUCUUGGAGUCAGUAACUGUGGUCAUUCAGAAGAUGCUGGAGUCCGUUGUCGAGUGCUUGAAGAUGGUGAGGUACGUCUUGUGGGAGGCACCUCGGAUUCUGAAGGCCGUGUAGAGGUCAGCUACAAUGGAGAAUGGGGAACUGUUUGUGAUGAUGCUUGGGAUACAAACGAUGCCAGCGUGGUCUGUCGAUCUCUCGGUUUUGCUGGUGCUCUUGAAGCUGUCUCAUCGGCUGGAUUCGGCCAAGGUAUUGGAACCAUCGUCCUUGAUGACGUCAAUUGCUCUGGAAAUGAAUCGAGUCUCUUUGAAUGCUCGAAUGGAGGUCUUGGAGUCAGUAACUGUGGUCAUUCAGAAGAUGCUGGAGUCCGUUGUCGAGUGCUUGAAGAUGGUGAGGUACGUCUUGUGGGAGGCACCUCGGAUUCUGAAGGCCGUGUAGAGGUCAGCUACAAUGGAGAAUGGGGAACUGUUUGUGAUGAUGCUUGGGAUACAAACGAUGCCAGCGUGGUCUGUCGAUCUCUCGGUUUUGCUGGUGCUCUUGAAGCUGUCUCAUCGGCUGGAUUCGGCCAAGGUAUUGGAACCAUCGUCCUUGAUGACGUCAAUUGCUCUGGAAAUGAAUUGAGUCUCUUUGAAUGCUCGAAUGGAGGUCUUGGAGUCAGUAACUGUGGUCAUUCAGAAGAUGCUGGAGUCCGUUGUCGAGUGCUUGAAGAUGGUGAGGUACGUCUUGUGGGAGGCACCUCGGAUUCUGAAGGCCGUGUAGAGGUCAGCUACAAUGGAGAAUGGGGAACUGUUUGUGAUGAUGCUUGGGAUACAAACGAUGCCAGCGUGGUCUGUCGAUCUCUCGGUUUUGCUGGUGCUCUUGAAGCUGUCUCAUCGGCUGGAUUCGGCCAAGGUAUUGGAACCAUCGUCCUUGAUGACGUCAAUUGCUCUGGAAAUGAAUCGAGUCUCUUUGAAUGCUCGAAUGGAGGUCUUGGAGUCAGUAACUGUGGUCAUUCAGAAGAUGCUGGAGUCCGUUGUCGAGUGCUUGAAGAUGGUGAGGUACGUCUUGUGGGAGGCACCUCGGAUUCUGAAGGCCGUGUAGAGGUCAGCUACAAUGGAGAAUGGGGAACUGUUUGUGAUGAUGCUUGGGAUACAAACGAUGCCAGCGUGGUCUGUCGAUCUCUCGGUUUUGCUGGUGCUCUUGAAGCUGUCUCAUCGGCUGGAUUCGGCCAAGGUAUUGGAACCAUCGUCCUUGAUGACGUCAAUUGCUCUGGAAAUGAAUUGAGUCUCUUUGAAUGCUCGAAUGGAGGUCUUGGAGUCAGUAACUGUGGUCAUUCAGAAGAUGCUGGAGUCCGUUGUCGAGUGCUUGAAGAUGGUGAGGUACGUCUUGUGGGAGGCACCUCGGAUUCUGAAGGCCGUGUAGAGGUCAGCUACAAUGGAGAAUGGGGAACUGUUUGUGAUGAUGCUUGGGAUACAAACGAUGCCAGCGUGGUCUGUCGAUCUCUCGGUUUUGCUGGUGCUCUUGAAGCUGUCUCAUCGGCUGGAUUCGGCCAAGGUAUUGGAACCAUCGUCCUUGAUGACGUCAAUUGCUCUGGAAAUGAAUCGAGUCUCUUUGAAUGCUCGAAUGGAGGUCUUGGAGUCAGUAACUGUGGUCAUUCAGAAGAUGCUGGAGUCCGUUGUCGAGUGCUUGAAGAUGGUGAGGUACGUCUUGUGGGAGGCACCUCGGAUUCUGAAGGCCGUGUAGAGGUCAGCUACAAUGGAGAAUGGGGAACUGUUUGUGAUGAUGCUUGGGAUACAAACGAUGCCAGCGUGGUCUGUCGAUCUCUCGGUUUUGCUGGUGCUCUUGAAGCUGUCUCAUCGGCUGGAUUCGGCCAAGGUAUUGGAACCAUCGUCCUUGAUGACGUCAAUUGCUCUGGAAAUGAAUUGAGUCUCUUUGAAUGCUCGAAUGGAGGUCUUGGAGUCAGUAACUGUGGUCAUUCAGAAGAUGCUGGAGUCCGUUGUCGAGUGCUUGAAGAUGGUGAGGUACGUCUUGUGGGAGGCACCUCGGAUUCUGAAGGCCGUGUAGAGGUCAGCUACAAUGGAGAAUGGGGAACUGUUUGUGAUGAUGCUUGGGAUACAAACGAUGCCAGCGUGGUCUGUCGAUCUCUCGGUUUUGCUGGUGCUCUUGAAGCUGUCUCAUCGGCUGGAUUCGGCCAAGGUAUUGGAACCAUCGUCCUUGAUGACGUCAAUUGCUCUGGAAAUGAAUCGAGUCUCUUUGAAUGCUCGAAUGGAGGUCUUGGAGUCAGUAACUGUGGUCAUUCAGAAGAUGCUGGAGUCCGUUGUCGAGUGCUUGAAGAUGGUGAGGUACGUCUUGUGGGAGGCACCUCGGAUUCUGAAGGCCGUGUAGAGGUCAGCUACAAUGGAGAAUGGGGAACUGUUUGUGAUGAUGCUUGGGAUACAAACGAUGCCAGCGUGGUCUGUCGAUCUCUCGGUUUUGCUGGUGCUCUUGAAGCUGUCUCAUCGGCUGGAUUCGGCCAAGGUAUUGGAACCAUCGUCCUUGAUGACGUCAAUUGCUCUGGAAAUGAAUUGAGUCUCUUUGAAUGCUCGAAUGGAGGUCUUGGAGUCAGUAACUGUGGUCAUUCAGAAGAUGCUGGAGUCCGUUGUCGAGUGCUUGAAGAUGGUGAGGUACGUCUUGUGGGAGGCACCUCGGAUUCUGAAGGCCGUGUAGAGGUCAGCUACAAUGGAGAAUGGGGAACUGUUUGUGAUGAUGCUUGGGAUACAAACGAUGCCAGCGUGGUCUGUCGAUCUCUCGGUUUUGCUGGUGCUCUUGAAGCUGUCUCAUCGGCUGGAUUCGGCCAAGGUAUUGGAACCAUCGUCCUUGAUGACGUCAAUUGCUCUGGAAAUGAAUCGAGUCUCUUUGAAUGCUCGAAUGGAGGUCUUGGAGUCAGUAACUGUGGUCAUUCAGAAGAUGCUGGAGUCCGUUGUCGAGUGCUUGAAGAUGGUGAGGUACGUCUUGUGGGAGGCACCUCGGAUUCUGAAGGCCGUGUAGAGGUCAGCUACAAUGGAGAAUGGGGAACUGUUUGUGAUGAUGCUUGGGAUACAAACGAUGCCAGCGUGGUCUGUCGAUCUCUCGGUUUUGCUGGUGCUCUUGAAGCUGUCUCAUCGGCUGGAUUCUGCCAAGGUAUUGGAACCAUCGUCCUUGAUGACGUCAAUUGCUCUGGAAAUGAAUCGAGUCUCUUUGAAUGCUCGAAUGGAGGUCUUGGAGUCAGUAACUGUGGUCAUUCAGAAGAUGCUGGAGUCCGUUGUCGAGUGCUUGAAGAUGGUGAGGUACGUCUUGUGGGAGGCACCUCGGAUUCUGAAGGCCGUGUAGAGGUCAGCUACAAUGGAGAAUGGGGAACUGUUUGUGAUGAUGCUUGGGAUACAAACGAUGCCAGCGUGGUCUGUCGAUCUCUCGGUUUUGCUGGUGCUCUUGAAGCUGUCUCAUCGGCUGGAUUCGGCCAAGGUAUUGGAACCAUCGUCCUUGAUGACGUCAAUUGCUCUGGAAAUGAAUUGAGUCUCUUUGAAUGCUCGAAUGGAGGUCUUGGAGUCAGUAACUGUGGUCAUUCAGAAGAUGCUGGAGUCCGUUGUCGAGUGCUUGAAGAUGGUGAGGUACGUCUUGUGGGAGGCACCUCGGAUUCUGAAGGCCGUGUAGAGGUCAGCUACAAUGGAGAAUGGGGAACUGUUUGUGAUGAUGCUUGGGAUACAAACGAUGCCAGCGUGGUCUGUCGAUCUCUCGGUUUUGCUGGUGCUCUUGAAGCUGUCUCAUCGGCUGGAUUCGGCCAAGGUAUUGGAACCAUCGUCCUUGAUGACGUCAAUUGUUCUGGAGAAGAAUCGGCUCUCUUUGAAUGCUCGAAUCGAGGUCUUGGAGUCAGUAACUGUGGUCAUUCAGAAGAUGCUGGAGUCCGUUGUCGAGUGCUUGAAAAUGGUGAGGUACGUCUUGUGGGAGGCACCUCGGAUUCUGAAGGCCGUGUAGAGGUCAGCUACAAUGGAGAAUGGGGAACUGUUUGUGAUGAUGCUUGGGAUACAAACGAUGCCAGCGUGGUCUGUCGAUCUCUCGGUUUUGCUGGUGCUCUUGAAGCUGUCUCAUCGGCUGGAUUCGGCCAAGGUAUUGGAACCAUCGUCCUUGAUGACGUCAAUUGCUCUGGAAAUGAAUUGAGUCUCUUUGAAUGCUCGAAUGGAGGUCUUGGAGUCAGUAACUGUGGUCAUUCAGAAGAUGCUGGAGUCCGUUGUCGAGUGCUUGAAGAUGGUGAGGUACGUCUUGUGGGAGGCACCUCAGAUUCUGAAGGCCGUGUAGAGGUCAGCUACAAUGGAGAAUGGGGAACUGUUUGUGAUGAUGCUUGGGAUACAAACGAUGCCAGCGUGGUCUGUCGAUCUCUCGGUUUUGCUGGUGCUCUUGAAGCUGUCUCAUCGGCUGGAUUCGGCCAAGGUAUUGGAACCAUCGUCCUUGAUGACGUCAAUUGCUCUGGAAAUGAAUUGAGUCUCUUUGAAUGCUCGAAUGGAGGUCUUGGAGUCAGUAACUGUGGUCAUUCAGAAGAUGCUGGAGUCCGUUGUCGAGUGCUUGAAAAUGGUGAGGUACGUCUUGUGGGAGGCACCUCGGAUUCUGAAGGCCGUGUAGAGGUCAGCUACAAUGGAGAAUGGGGAACUGUUUGUGAUGAUGCUUGGGAUACAAACGAUGCCAGCGUGGUCUGUCGAUCUCUCGGUUUUGCUGGUGCUCUUGAAGCUGUCUCAUCGGCUGGAUUCGGCCAAGGUAUUGGAACCAUCGUCCUUGAUGACGUCAAUUGCUCUGGAAAUGAAUUGAGUCUCUUUGAAUGCUCGAAUGGAGGUCUUGGAGUCAGUAACUGUGGUCAUUCAGAAGAUGCUGGAGUCCGUUGUCGAGUGCUUGAAGAUGGUGAGGUACGUCUUGUGGGAGGCACCUCGGAUUCUGAAGGCCGUGUAGAGGUCAGCUACAAUGGAGAAUGGGGAACUGUUUGUGAUGAUGCUUGGGAUACAAACGAUGCCAGCGUGGUCUGUCGAUCUCUCGGUUUUGCUGGUGCUCUUGAAGCUGUCUCAUCGGCUGGAUUCGGCCAAGGUAUUGGAACCAUCGUCCUUGAUGACGUCAAUUGCUCUGGAAAUGAAUGGAGUCUCUUUGAAUGCUCGAAUGGAGGUCUUGGAGUCAGUAACUGUGGUCAUUCAGAAGAUGCUGGCGUCCGUUGUCGAGUGCUUGAAGAUGGUGAGGUACGUCUUGUGGGAGGCACCUCGGAUUCUGAAGGCCGUGUAGAGGUCAGCUACAAUGGAGAAUGGGGAACUGUUUGUGAUGAUGCUUGGGAUACAAACGAUGCCAGCGUGGUCUGUCGAUCUCUCGGUUUUGCUGGUGCUCUUGAAGCUGUCUCAUCGGCUGGAUUCGGCCAAGGUAUUGGAACCAUCGUCCUUGAUGACGUCAAUUGCUCUGGAAAUGAAUCGAGUCUCUUUGAAUGCUCGAAUGGAGGUCUUGGAGUCAGUAACUGUGGUCAUUCAGAAGAUGCUGGAGUCCGUUGUCGAGUGCUUGAAGAUGGUGAGGUACGUCUUGUGGGAGGCACCUCGGAUUCUGAAGGCCGUGUAGAGGUCAGCUACAAUGGAGAAUGGGGAACUGUUUGCGAUGAUGCUUGGGAUACAAACGAUGCCAGCGUGGUCUGUCGAUCUCUCGGUUUUGCUGGUGCUCUUGAAGCUGUCUCAUCGGCUGGAUUCGGCCAAGGUAUUGGAACCAUCGUCCUUGAUGACGUCAAUUGCUCUGGAAAUGAAUCGAGUCUCUUUGAAUGCUCGAAUGGAGUUCUUGGAGUCAGUAACUGUGGUCAUUCAGAAGAUGCUGGAGUCCGUUGUCGAGUGCUUGAAGAUGGUGAGGUACGUCUUGUGGGAGGCACCUCAGAUUCUGAAGGCCGUGUAGAGGUCAGCUACAAUGGAGAAUGGGGAACUGUUUGUGAUGAUGCUUGGGAUACAAACGAUGCCAGCGUGGUCUGUCGAUCUCUCGGUUUUGCUGGUGCUCUUGAAGCUGUCUCAUCGGCUGGAUUCGGCCAAGGUAUUGGAACCAUCGUCCUUGAUGACGUCAAUUGCUCUGGAAAUGAAUUGAGUCUCUUUGAAUGCUCGAAUGGAGGUCUUGGAGUCAGUAACUGUGGUCAUUCAGAAGAUGCUGGAGUCCGUUGUCGAGUGCUUGAAGAUGGUGAGGUACGUCUUGUGGGAGGCACCUCGGAUUCUGAAGGCCGUGUAGAGGUCAGCUACAAUGGAGAAUGGGGAACUGUUUGUGAUGAUGCUUGGGAUACAAACGAUGCCAGCGUGGUCUGUCGAUCUCUCGGUUUUGCUGGUGCUCUUGAAGCUGUCUCAUCGGCUGGAUUCGGCCAAGGUAUUGGAACCAUCGUCCUAGAUGACGUCAAUUGCUCUGGAAAUGAAUCGAGUCUCUUUGAAUGCUCGAAUGGAGGUCUUGGAGUCAGUAACUGUGGUCAUUCAGAAGAUGCUGGAGUCCGUUGUCGAGUGCUUGAAGAUGGUGAGGUACGUCUUGUGGGAGGCACCUCGGAUUCUGAAGGCCGUGUAGAGGUCAGCUACAAUGGAGAAUGGGGAACUGUUUGUGAUGAUGCUUGGGAUACAAACGAUGCCAGCGUGGUCUGUCGAUCUCUCGGUUUUGCUGGUGCUCUUGAAGCUGUCUCAUCGGCUGGAUUCGGCCAAGGUAUUGGAACCAUCGUCCUUGAUGACGUCAAUUGCUCUGGAAAUGAAUUGAGUCUCUUUGAAUGCUCGAAUGGAGGUCUUGGAGUCAGUAACUGUGGUCAUUCAGAAGAUGCUGGCGUCCGUUGUCGAGUGCUUGAAGAUGGUGAGGUACGUCUUGUGGGAGGCACCUCGGAUUCUGAAGGCCGUGUAGAGGUCAGCUACAAUGGAGAAUGGGGAACUGUUUGUGAUGAUGCUUGGGAUACAAACGAUGCCAGCGUGGUCUGUCGAUCUCUCGGUUUUGCUGGUGCUCUUGAAGCUGUCUCAUCGGCUGGAUUCGGCCAAGGUAUUGGAACCAUCGUCCUUGAUGACGUCAAUUGCUCUGGAAAUGAAUCGAGUCUCUUUGAAUGCUCGAAUGGAGGUCUUGGAGUCAGUAACUGUGGUCAUUCAGAAGAUGCUGGAGUCCGUUGUCGAGUGCUUGAAGAUGGUGAGGUACGUCUUGUGGGAGGCACCUCGGAUUCUGAAGGCCGUGUAGAGGUCAGCUACAAUGGAGAAUGGGGAACUGUUUGCGAUGAUGCUUGGGAUACAAACGAUGCCAGCGUGGUCUGUCGAUCUCUCGGUUUUGCUGGUGCUCUUGAAGCUGUCUCAUCGGCUGGAUUCGGCCAAGGUAUUGGAACCAUCGUCCUUGAUGACGUCAAUUGCUCUGGAAAUGAAUCGAGUCUCUUUGAAUGCUCGAAUGGAGUUCUUGGAGUCAGUAACUGUGGUCAUUCAGAAGAUGCUGGAGUCCGUUGUCGAGUGCUUGAAGAUGGUGAGGUACGUCUUGUGGGAGGCACCUCAGAUUCUGAAGGCCGUGUAGAGGUCAGCUACAAUGGAGAAUGGGGAACUGUUUGUGAUGAUGCUUGGGAUACAAACGAUGCCAGCGUGGUCUGUCGAUCUCUCGGUUUUGCUGGUGCUCUUGAAGCUGUCUCAUCGGCUGGAUUCGGCCAAGGUAUUGGAACCAUCGUCCUUGAUGACGUCAAUUGCUCUGGAAAUGAAUUGAGUCUCUUUGAAUGCUCGAAUGGAGGUCUUGGAGUCAGUAACUGUGGUCAUUCAGAAGAUGCUGGAGUCCGUUGUCGAGUGCUUGAAGAUGGUGAGGUACGUCUUGUGGGAGGCACCUCGGAUUCUGAAGGCCGUGUAGAGGUCAGCUACAAUGGAGAAUGGGGAACUGUUUGUGAUGAUGCUUGGGAUACAAACGAUGCCAGCGUGGUCUGUCGAUCUCUCGGUUUUGCUGGUGCUCUUGAAGCUGUCUCAUCGGCUGGAUUCGGCCAAGGUAUUGGAACCAUCGUCCUAGAUGACGUCAAUUGCUCUGGAAAUGAAUCGAGUCUCUUUGAAUGCUCGAAUGGAGGUCUUGGAGUCAGUAACUGUGGUCAUUCAGAAGAUGCUGGAGUCCGUUGUCGAGUGCUUGAAGAUGGUGAGGUACGUCUUGUGGGAGGCACCUCGGAUUCUGAAGGCCGUGUAGAGGUCAGCUACAAUGGAGAAUGGGGAACUGUUUGUGAUGAUGCUUGGGAUACAAACGAUGCCAGCGUGGUCUGUCGAUCUCUCGGUUUUGCUGGUGCUCUUGAAGCUGUCUCAUCGGCUGGAUUCGGCCAAGGUAUUGGAACCAUCGUCCUUGAUGACGUCAAUUGCUCUGGAAAUGAAUUGAGUCUCUUUGAAUGCUCGAAUGGAGGUCUUGGAGUCAGUAACUGUGGUCAUUCAGAAGAUGCUGGCGUCCGUUGUCGAGUGCUUGAAGAUGGUGAGGUACGUCUUGUGGGAGGCACCUCGGAUUCUGAAGGCCGUGUAGAGGUCAGCUACAAUGGAGAAUGGGGAACUGUUUGUGAUGAUGCUUGGGAUACAAACGAUGCCAGCGUGGUCUGUCGAUCUCUCGGUUUUGCUGGUGCUCUUGAAGCUGUCUCAUCGGCUGGAUUCGGCCAAGGUAUUGGAACCAUCGUCCUUGAUGACGUCAAUUGCUCUGGAAAUGAAUCGAGUCUCUUUGAAUGCUCGAAUGGAGGUCUUGGAGUCAGUAACUGUGGUCAUUCAGAAGAUGCUGGAGUUCGUUGUGAGGUGCUUGAAGAGGCAACCAUACGACUUGUAGACGGCCUCUUGUCAUCCGAAGGUCGUGUAGAGGUCAGCUUCAACGGAGAAUGGGGAACUGUCUGUGACGAUGCUUGGGAUAUAGACGAUGCCAACGUGGUCUGUCGAUCUCUCGGUUUUGCAGGUGCUUCUGAAGCUGUAUCAUCGGCUGGAUUCGGCGAAGGCACUGGAAUCAUCGUCCUUGAUGACGUAAAUUGCUCUGGAAAUGAAUCGUCCAUCUUCGAGUGCUCGAAUCGAGGUCUUGGAGUCAGUAACUGUGGUCAUUCAGAAGAUGCUGGCGUCCGCUGUGAAGUACCCCCUGUUCCAGUCCGUCUUGUAGGUGGCUUAGCAAGUGGGCGAGUUGAGGUGCUGGUCAACGGAGAAUGGGGAACCGUAUGCGAUGAUCUAUGGGACGACAGAGAUGCUUCGGUCGUCUGCCGGAUGCUCUCCCUUGGAGAAACGGGGGCUGCACGGAGCGAAGCCUACUACGGCGAGGGUACCGGAAAUAUUCUCCUCACAGAUCUCGAAUGCAACGGAAGCGAAGCGUCCCUCUUCGAUUGCGUGAAUAACUUAAACAGCGGUACAGGCGUCUCCUGCGUGCACGCUCAAGACGCUGGUGUUGAAUGCCUAUAAAUAUUAACGAUUAUAUAUAUCGUUGGUUUAUUUUGGUGAUUGCCCCCUCUUAAUAUGACGGUCUGAAAGAUGAAUAAACGGUCAGAUAGGAUGCACAUAAUUCUUAAAGUAAUAAACAUGAAGUGAAUUUUGAGUAAAAAUUAACUAAGUUUUGUCCUAGUACACGUGAAUCAGAAUACGCAAGCACGAAAUUGAUGAUUAAUUAAUACAAAAGUAGACGAAUUGCUAUUUUAUCAUAUACAAACAUCACUUUGCUCGAUUUUUCCAAUGCUUUUCCUCGCUAAAGUACAUUUAUAUAGUACAUAUUCCUUGUAUAAUACACAUCAAAUGAUAAUGUAACACGCCAAAAGGUUAAUCAGGCCAUAUUCCUAUAAAAACUAAAAUCGAAAAUAUAUAUUGAUAAUGAUAAUAAUAAAUGGAAUUAUAUAGCUCCUUUUCCAGACGAUAGAUAUACAAGGCACUGCUCCAUGGUCUAAGAAGAAAUUAAGAAGACUUGUAGAGAUAAUUUUGUGUCCUUACUACUUUAGUUAAUGGAAAAGUAAGCUUUGUAAGGUUUUUAAAGUAUGGGCCCUGUUUAUAUUCCCAAUCUAUCUUUAAAUCGUUACGAAUUUGUAGAGGUAGCAAUG